CCAAGCGUGCCCUGUCCGCGUACAUGUUCUUCGUUCAGGACUGGCGUGAGCGCAUCAAGUCGGAGAACCAGGACGCCGCCUUCGCCGACAUUGGCCGCCUUCUCGGUGCCAAGUGGAAGGAGAUGUCGCCCGCCGAGCGCAAGCCUUACGAGGAGAAGGCACAUGCCGACAAGGACCGCGCUGCCCGGGAGAAGGCCGAUUACAACGCUGCCAACGGCAAGAAGACGAAGAAGUCGGCCCCGAAGGCCGUGAGGUGAGCUCUUUCUCUAUCUCGUUGUGUGCUUGGGAAUCACCAGCUGACCGGCAGUGAGGACGAUGACGACGACGAGAGCGACUAAGCGUCGAGCCCCAUGCGUCAAAUCUCGACUCUUCAUC